AUGAAGCGGCCACUACUUCUCUUUGUUCAACUAUUUGUGCUUCUAGGCCUUGUACUCGUCACGUCGUCUCUACCAACUGAUCAUCCAAUCACAAACCACACUACUUCUUCGAAAGCCAGGUCAAGAGGUAAUAAAGAUGCUUUUCAAAACUGUCGAAAUGGAAGAAUCGCUCCCUACAUUGAGCAGGCUUUUGAGGACGCAGAGCUCAUUCUGGGAAAUGCAUUUGACAUGAUGGACCUGCUCAUUCCGCUUUUUUAUGCCGACGGGACCGGUCUACUUCUACCUGACAAGGCCACAAAACAGGGCCGAACUUUUGAUGAAGACAAUGUGUUUUCCACAUACAGCUUUUUGAUUAGAAGACUGUACUUUCCCGACAAUCCGGACUGGAACAGGGGAAACAUGGAUGCAAUGUUACACGCGCGUACCAUGUUAUUCACCAUGAAGUACACGAUUCAGCAAUACUUACUUGGUAACCACAUUCCUGGUCAUCCGAAAUUACAAAUGUAUUGUGACGAAACAGAAUACAUGUUCGAAUACAACGACCGUGGCACACGCUAUAUCGACGACUAUCCCCAAGCUACAAACCCCUAUAACGGAAUGUAUUUCGUAUCACGGGCUGUGGGAUCUCAUUCUGCUCACACAGGCCAUAUAUGGGUUGGAGUCACAGAGAUCUGCGAAGAAUCUCGGGGACAAACUCACCGCAAUAUAGGAUCGCUCGUCAUUCCAACCUUGGACGUAUACGCAUACGUGGAGAACCCAUCACCCCAAAACCUCGACGAAACCCUGACUCUUUGCCCAGCACGGUCUGAUCAAUGGAUAACCGCUGAAUCGAACUCGGUAAUGGAUGGCCUUGAAUUGCGGAGGCUACACGUCCCAACAAAUUCGGAACCCAAUGCAUAUCAGAAAGCGGCGUUGGAUAAAUUGACUUAUCAGAAAUCUGACAUAGGUUGGCUGGGACAAUUCCUGGUAACAACUUUGAUCCAUGAGCUAUCGCACACAGAGGCCUUUACCCCCAAAGGCAUCCAGCAAAAGGAUAUCGAAUGUUUGGCAAGUGGAGAGCCUGUCAUCACAUCUGGAAGCAUCCAAUGUCUCUAUAGCGUCGCUAAAGGGACUGACGGUUUAGACCCGCAUACCAACACUCCACAAGGCCAUUUGGAUGCAGAGGCAUUAACUUUAUUCGCCAUGGCAUUAUGGGCAAACUCGGCGACUUGGUGGAAGUCUUACGAAGCAAGGCGCAGACAGAAAGACCCCCAGCCACAAUAA